AUGGCGAUCAUCGCCACAGCCAUGUUUGAUUAUGUGGUUACCUUUGUCAUCUCUCAACGCUCAAGCCACCGACGCGAGCUCGAGCUCCAAGGUGUCAACACAGUGCUGCAUGAACCGAGGGUCAUCCCCGCAUGGGUCUUUGUUGGCGCGAGACACAUGAAACCAGCGACUUUCUUCAUGCCUCGGCUAUUAGGGCAGUCAAGAGCAUUUCGUAUUAAACCAGAACGUUACGACAACGAAAGGAUCGCUGGUGCUAAACACAGUCGGCGAUACCACCCCUAUUGCACUGCAAUUCCAGUUGUCUUGUGCGGCCAUAAGUACCUUCUCGCUUGUCGUUCCGAUUCCCUCAUCGGGAGAUGCAAUCAAUACCAGUAUGCUAGCGGACCCACCGCAGAGGAUUCUCAGGCUCCCAACUCAAGGCAAAUGCGUCGGACCGCACACACUCACAACUUUGUGGCUGGCGGGCUAUACUGA